UUCCCGCCGGCAGCGGCGGUUCCCAUGGAGAUGGAAGAUGGCGGCGAGGAGCCGCCAGCGCUCCUCGGCCCCGCUGCAGGUCCUGCUCUUUCUCAACGGGUGGUACAGCGCGACCUACUUCCUGCUGGAGGCGUUCAUCUUCGCCUACAAGGUGCUGCUGCUGCCGUACCCGCUCACCAACCUGCUGCUGGACGUGCUGCUGCUGCUGCUCUACCUCGGCAUUGAGACCACGCGCAUCUUCUUCGGUUCCAAGGGCAACCUGUGCCAGCGCAAGGUGCCUCUGGCCGUCUGCUUGGCCCUCACCGUGCCGGCGGCUGUCAUGGCGACCUACUGCCUGCUGCUGCAGACCUACGCCCUGCGCCUGGAGGCCAUCCUCAGCACCAUCCUCCUGCUCUUCUACACAGCGGAGCUGCUGCUGGGUGGCCUGGCGCUCACCUCCUUCUCUAGCACAGAUGCGUACUGAGACCCUGCAACAGAGGACCACAGCAGCACAGGUACACGAGAUGGCAGCAAGCAGGUGGCACUGGCUACAUCUCCCAGCCUGUGGCAGUGAGCCAGACCCAUGCCAGCACCUGUGGCCAGUGCCAGGAGGGUGCUUCAUUCUGCCUUCCCAGGCAGCGCUGGCCCUGCUGCCACCUGACCCCGAGGCUUGUGACACACAGGUCAGUUCAAGGUACAGAGAAAUUUUUUUUUUUUU